GUUGCCUCAGAGGGCAUUGUCUGGAAUAGUGUCCCGAAUGUGGAAACGAGAACCUCCCGCUACCCUUCCAAUGGACUACGAAACCGGGGCAACCCACUUUUUUGUUAUUGAAAAUGUAUCUAAUGAAAGCCCUCCCAACGAUAAGGAAUCUGAUCCUUAUGACUUCGUGAACAGUAUUUUUGACUUUGACGCUUAA